AUGAAGGGACACACCACCAUUUCUGUACUUAUUUUCAUGAUUGCUGUACACAUGACAAACGCCUUGGCAGCCAUGAAAGUUCUUCAUAUUCCAGAGAAAAUUAUAGGUGGAGUAAUUGAUAUAGUACAAAACCACAAAAAUAAGCCAACACAACAGGCCACCUUCCAGGGGCAAAAUCAACAGCAAUCACAACAAGGUUAUGGCUGGAAUUCAGGCUUCCAGACCCAAGGUCAAAACCAGCCACAAUACCAAUAUGGAAAUUACGGCUACCCGCAAACGGGCCCAUAUCCGCAAGGAAAUUACGUAAAUUCUGGUCAAGUUACUGGACCAGGUUAUCAAUCUAUUGGUGGAUCGCAAGCCCAAACUCAGAGCCAAUAUCAAAAUUACCCACAAAACCAAUCUGGUGGUCAGUAUCAAGGUCAAAAUCAGCAGUCUUCUGUACAGCAAUCUAACCAGUUUCAAAACCAGAUGCAGAAUGGAAAUCAGGGUCAACAAACUCAAAUCCAAGUUCAAAAUCAGAUUAAUAAUCAGUUCCCUAAUCAGAAUUCACAGACUAGCUUGAAUUUCCAAGGAACUCAGCAUGCCAAUAACCAACUAGUUGCACAAAACAAGCCAAAUGGAAGCUACGGGACUAAUCAGCAAACGCCCACCUUUACCAACAGUCAACAGUCAGGCAAUUAUAUUCCUCAAGGCCAAGCAUCCAGCCAUUACAUUGUACCAAAUCAACCACAGGGGCAAAUUAGCCAGACAACAAGUUUUGUUGGCCAAAACCAUCAAUCAACGCAGUUCCAGACUGGUACAGGAAGUUAUGGCGGCUCUCAAGGCUUCCUAACCUCGACUGGUCAUCAUUCCGGUACUCCUGGUCCAACUUGCGUGUGUCAAGCUUUUACAAAGCCACAAAAUGAUAUGCUCAAAGACGUUCCAUCUCAAAGAAAUGACAACAAAACUGAAAAACCUGUAGCGAAUGAGUAA